CUCUUUCUUUUCCUAUCAAAAUAUCAGAUCCUCUCAAAACCAAAAGAAUGAAGAAAUUUCAAGUGCCAAGCCUUUGCCUUCUGGUGGCGGUGGUGGCGACGGUGGCGCUUCUUAGUGGAGCUCGCUCGGUGGAGGCAGCUUGCAACCCGAUGGAGCUGAGCCCAUGUCUCGGUGCGAUAACGUCGUCAGCGCCGCCGUCCACCGUUUGCUGCCAAAAGUUGAAGCAGCAACAGCCGUGCUUUUGUGAGUACGCCAAGGAUCCAAGGAUGAAGCCUUAUGUUGAAUCUCCCCGCGCCAAGGCGGUUGCUUCCAUAUGCCGCAUUGCCGUGCCCCGUUGCUAGAACUACAAGCCAUGCUUGGGGUUGGCUUCGGCUCUCAUAUGAAAUGAAGUUGGUUUAUGCAUGCCAACUUAAUGUAUUACAAAAUCAAAACUAUAAAUAAAGGUGUAGGAUGUGUGGGAUAUAUUUCUCUCUCUACACUUAUCCUUUUGACCUUUUUCUCGA